AUGGCUUCCACACGAGAAACGCUGCUCUCUACAGCCAAAAAAGUAUCAUUCGAGAUCCCAAAAGAUGAAAUAUCAGAGUAUGAAGAGCUUCUCUCCCGCACAAAGAAGACCCUCGAAACCGUCGCCGCAAUGGAUGACUACCAACCACAACCAAACCUAACAAUCCACCCCAGAAAAAACAUCUACCUCCCACCACCCCAAUCCCCUUCAAACCCCCUAAACGCCUGGGCCUGGCGCUUCACUCUGGCCUCCACAUCCCCCACAACCAACACACUAGCCACGAAAACCCUCUGCCUCAAAGACAACAUCUGCGUCGCCGGCAUCCCAUGCCUACUCGGCACAUCCACAAUAACCCCCUGGACCCCGCAAACCGACGCAACAAUCGUAACCCGCAUCCUGGACGCCAGCGGAACCAUCACCGGAAAGGCUGUCUGCGAGAAUCUCUCCCGCGGCGCCGUAAGUUCCACCGCCGCCACAGGACCGGUCCAUAACGCUUACGCGUUCGGGUAUUCCGCGGGCGGGAGCAGUUCCGGCACGGGGGCGCUUGUCGCGUCUGGGGCUGUGGAUAUGGGGAUUGGAUGUGACCAGGGUGGGAGUAUACGUAUCCCUGCGGCGUUGAACGGGUUAUAUGGGUUUAAGCCGACGGCGGGGCUUGUGCCAUACACGGGGAUUGUGAGUAAUGAGGCGAGUGUUGAUGUUGUGGGGCCUAUGACGAGGAACUGUAGGGAUGCGGCGGUGCUGCUGGGUGUUAUUGCCGGGUGGGAUGGGCUGGAUGAUCGGGCUGGGCCCGGGGUGAAGGGUGUUGGGGAUAUUCCGUGUUAUGAGCGGUUGAUGGAGGAGGGGGUUGAAGGGGUUAGGAUUGGGGUUUUGAGGGAGGGGACUCCGGGUGGGAUUGAUCCUGGGGUUGAGAGGAAGUUCAGGCAGGCUGUUGGUGUUUUUGAAGGACUGGGUGCGAGUGUAUGCGAGGUCAGCGUGCCGCUUCAUGCGCAGGCGAGGAGUGUUUAUUCGGUGCUGAGCAAGAUGGGGAAUCAUAUGGGGAUGUUAGGGCAGGCAACGGGACGGCGGCAGGUCAUGUUAACUGAUCUAUACGAGAAGAAGGAUUUUCCUUACACGCCUGAAGUCAUCAGCAAGAUGAGCGUCAUGAGCAAAGAAGGGCUGCUGAGCGGAGAAUUCGCGUGGCAGCACUACACAGCAGUCUAUCCAAAGGCAGUGAACAUCAUGCGCAAGUUGAAAGAUCUCUACGAUGAGGUCCUCUCCUCUGUUGACGUGAUAGUAAUGCCGACGACCCUUUCGCCUGCAAGGCCUCUCCCACCGGUAGACGCAAGUCCACUGGCUCAAAUAGACGCAGCGAAAGGAAUGACGGAAAAUACCUGCUCCUUCAAUGCUACGGGACAUCCUGCACUGGCGAUGCCGAUUGGGUUUGUAGCGGCGGAGGAUGAGAGUAUACAGUUGCCGGCUAGUAUGCAGAUUGUGGGGAGAUGGCAUGAUGAGGUUAUGAUUUCGCGAUGUGCGUAUGCAUGGGAGAAGGCGGUUGACUGGAGAGAUUUCUAG